UGUAGAAACAGUUUAAAUAGUUUAGUAUCGUUAAAGAUUUGAAUGUGCUAAUAUGGUGAAUUUAAAACCGGAAAGUUCUGAUGGUUUUGCUAACACACGUCGCAAUCACCGCAAUUUUGGUUAUAGAUUUGGUAGGGAUCGUGAAGAAAAAAAACAAGUACCCAAUGGUCUGUUACAAUUAGAUGCCUUGGCACAGAGGUCAGUGAUGUUAAUGGAAAAACACGGAUCGACUUCGAGCAACAAUUACCAUGUCGCGAUGGAUCUUUUGCGAUUGCAAUACAAUCUGAACUUUAUCGUUCUCUGUGAACAGUGCAACGGACCGCACGCAGUUGACGAGAUAUUAGCUCCAGAACGUUAACCAUAAAAGCAUACAUUACAUGCGAAGAAAACAUCUGAGCAUCGCGCUCUCUAUAUUGCUCGAAGCCUGUAUCUGUGUUUUAGAAAAUAACAAUACUAACGAUAUAUAUCGUUAGUACUGUUAUUACCCAUGCUUAUAGAUGUUUCUCAUAUGUAGUUAUUUAUUUUAAGUCGUAAUUUUAAGAAGUAAUUGUUUCUAUUGUA